AGAGGCAGAGACAACGAGUGCUGCUGUCCACCACCAGCAGGAGCAACUGCUGCAGCAACAGCAGGAGCCUGAUGAUGUGAGACGACGAUGAAGAAGAUCGUGAUCAUCGUCGUCGUCCCUGAUUGAGAAAUGACGAUCGCAAGGGAGGGCUUCUUCUUCGUCUUCGUCGACUUCGUCUCAUGAGCUGGGGCCAGCUCACACUGUUUGUUGCUGCUGCUGCAGGGAGUGAGGGAGUGAGUGACUGAGUGACAGACAGACAGACAGACAGCUUCCUGCCUUCCUUCCUUCCUUCCUUCCUUCCUCCUCCUUGUUGUGGCGAAGCUUCAGACCCCACUUUCUCUUUCAGCUUCCAUGGUGCUGUGAGGGUUUCCAGCACGGGUUUGUAAUGACAAUGCGAGGAGUCGUUUGAAGGACGGAGGUUUAGUGUAAGACCCGUUUGCUGGGUGAUGCGAUUGGGCAGCGUCUGGGGUCGAGCUGUUAGACAGCUAGCUGUUCCUGGGUCCGGGUUGGAAGCGGAUCGGUUCUUCGGAGGCGUGGUGUUUGGAUGCGAGAAAGAGGCAUUCAUGUUUGCUGACAUUGGGUGCGUGGGUGUUGGGUGCGCGCAAUGUGCUUGGUUCUUGCUGGAGUAGGAGCUUUUGAUUGUGCUGGCGGUGGGUUUUUUUUCGUGGACUUCGCAUUGGUUUUCGAAUUGCUUACUGUAGGGAGGUGGCGAGUUUGGAGAACCUGUGGAUUGUAGGUCGGUAGAGAGGCGCGUCCAUCAAGCUGGAAUGCAUGACGGAAGGGAGUUCUAAGCUCGAUAUACUACCGUCAUUAUCUUUGUUAUAUGCUCAACUGUAGUCGAGUAAUUCCAAAGCCCCUCGGAGCAACUUUGAGCUCCUAGGACUGGUCAAAUCAACCACAGAUCACAUUGCUGUUCAACCCCUGAGUACCCUCCAUUGCGCAUGACGAUCACUUUCAGCCUCAUGAUGAACUAUGGCAUUCAUCGCCCCUUACUCGUCCUCCUAUUCGCAGCCAUGUUGGUUAAUGCAGCUCCUGCCACCUCUGAUAAUUCCCUGCUUUCGACAGUUUACCGACCAUUCAGGCCAUGGUCAGGCAGUGAGUCGAGAGAUUCUAAGGCUCUAGUCCAACAGCUCCAGGUCAACAUGCAGUACCACAUGGGACCAGUGCUCACAUCGGACAUCCACGUCUACAUCAUCUGGUAUGGGGCGUGGAAAACCUCCCAGAAGAGUAUCAUUCGCGACUUUCUGAGCUCCAUCUCGGCUCCCGCUUCCCUCCCCGGCCCCUCGGUGCAGCAAUGGUGGUCAACUGUCCAAAAGUACACGGAUCAAACGGGCGCUAACAUCAGCUCGUCGAUCACUGUGGUCGGUGAACAUGAAGACAACGGUUACUCUCACGGGAGAGAGCUUUCCCGUUUGAGCGUGCAAGAGGUUAUUCGCAGCGCAUUGGCGGAGAAUCUCGGCACUCUCCCAGUAAACACUAAGGGGGGUCUUUACAUGGUCCUCACUGCCGAGGAUGUAAUGAUGCAGGACUACUGCCGAGCAGUAUGUGGGUUCCACUACUUCACGUUCCCAUCGAAAGUGGGUUACACUCUGCCCUACACCUGGAUUGGAAAUUCGGGGAAAUCAUGCCCGGAGACAUGUGCUUAUCCAUUUGCAGUGCCCCAGUUCAUGGCGGCCUCCAUGUCCCCACUCAAAAGCCCAAACAAUGAUGUUGGUGUCGAUGGCAUGGUGAGCGUCAUUGGUCACGAGCUGGCCGAAAUAUCUAGCAACCCGCUUAUAAACGCCUGGUACGCGGGAGAGAAUCCGUCAGCCCCCAGAGAAAUUGCCGAUCUCUGCGAGGGUAUGUAUGGGCCGGGUGCAGCAGGGGGCUACCCGGGCACUGUGGCUGUUUCCCAAUUCGGCGCCAGCUACAACAUGCAUGGGGUGCGGGGGCGGAAGUUUUUGGUGCAGUGGUUGUGGAACGCAGACACGAAUUCCUGUGCAGGGCCUCUCUGAAUCGCCCAACGUCAUUGACCACUCAUAUGGCGAUCGAAUCUCUGUCUAAAGGAUCAAUCUCUGAACGUGUCGAAUGUUGGCAAGCUGCUUUCACUAUUCAGCUGCUGAGAACCAAGUGCCGAGGAAUAAAUUCGUUAUCUCAGCGGGUUAUCUUUGCGAGGGUCGAGCCUUAGCUGGAUUGGAACUUAUGUACUUUUCGACCCACUGACUGCACCGACUCUAACCGAAAUCCCAAUCUUCCCAAGUUGCUUGAAUUUCCCGAGGUCCUGACUUCAGUUUCGACUGUCCCGGCUUCACGCUGUAGUCAGCCACCAUGACUUUCUCUGACUCUGGAACCUGCCGAUAUGUGAGGUUUCUUCAUAGCAACCAGUUGGGAAAUUGCUCGAGUGCGCAGAUUCUCACAUCUGUAACAUGACAGUCUGGUACUCUCUCGUAAUCACGAUCCGACGUGGCAUGUUUUCAUGCUUGAUCAGCACAUGAGCUGUCUCCGGUUGCGUUCUAAACUUAGCUACACUACAGAAUUCUAUCGAAGCAAGUCAUCCCAAGUGGGGUUGUGCACCUAUAGCAACAAUAGCAUUGGAAAAGUAAGAUUUUGGCGCCCAAUUGUGAAAUUUCUCAUUGCAAUAUUGUGCUUUUUCCUUCCA